AUGAGCUUGAAAGACCGCCCCACCUCCUCCCCCAAACUCACCCGCCGCAGCUCGCGACAAUCUCUCGGCACGACAGCAGAGGAAGAAGCAGACAAGCGACCGACGCCCAAACGCUCCAUCUCCAAUCUCAUCGCGAACCUUAGGGAGGCGCAGACGACGAUGGAGCCCAUACAGGAACCUAUCCAACUCACUGCCGCGCAGAUGGCAGUGGAGCAUUUCACGAACCAGUUGUUGGCGCAUGUGGGGAAGGAUGUCGAGGCGGAGACGGUGGUCAUUUUGCAUGAUGCGUGUUAUGGACAUCGCUACUCGCGGUUGAAGUCGACGAAAUCCACGCUGUCCAUGAUUGUGGAGAGGCCGGAACGGAUCCAUGCGAGUGUGUUGGGGGCAAGUGCGGCAUAUGUCCGGUUAGGAGGACAUCAUGCUGGAGGUGGGAAUGCGCCGUCGCCUGGUCGGGUCUCUGCUUCGCCGCCGCCGUUCAAAAUAAGACGGACGACGCGGUCGAUGGAUGUUACGAGUAGUUGUGUGACGAAUGUGCAUGGGACGGCGUGGAUGGCGGAAUUGAAGGGGUUGUGUGAGGUGGCUGGGGAGAGGUUGGCGACGGGCACGAAUGAGUUGAGUCGGUCGUCGGAUCCGGCUGAGGCGGAGAAGCGGAAACUACAUCAGGGUGAUCUGUAUCUCUGCGGAGAGUCUCUGGAUGCCUUCGAGGGCGCACUCGGUGGUGUCGCAGACGCCGUUGACGCCGUCUUCCAACCCACCUCCGCCACAAAACGUGCCUUCGUCGCCGUUCGUCCACCAGGCCACCACUGCUCCGCCGACUACCCUUCCGGGUUCUGCUGGCUCAACAACAUCCACGUCAGCAUCGAGUACGCCGCCCAAACCUAUGGCCUCACCCACGCCGCGAUCCUCGACUUCGACCUCCACCACGGCGAUGGCAGCCAAGCAAUAACAUGGCAACGGAACCGCGCGAACAACGACAAACGAUGGAAUGCGAAACCGAAUAGUAAACUCAAGCUGAAUCCGGAUAUUGGAUACUACAGUCUCCACGAUAUUAACAGCUAUCCCUGUGAAAUGGGCGAUGAUGAGAAAGUCCAGGCGGCGAGUUUAUGCGUGGAGAAUGCGCAUGGGCAGAGUAUUUGGAAUGUGCAUCUUCAGCCUUGGAAGACGGAGGAGGAGUUUUGGCUGUUGUACGAGGGACGGUAUGCUAUCUUGCUUGAGAAGGCGCGAUUGUUCUUGAGGUAUCAUACGGCGAGGAUAAAAGCAGAAGGAAGACAACCACCCCGUUCUGCUAUUUUCAUCAGUGCGGGAUUUGAUGCUAGCGAGUGGGAGGGCGCGGGUAUGCAGCGGCAUAAGGUUAAUGUGCCCACGGAGUUUUACGCACGAUUUUCGAGGGACGUGGUGAAGUUGGCUGCUGAACAGGCGACGGGAUGUGAAGGCCGAGUCAUCAGUGUGCUGGAGGGUGGGUAUAGUGAUCGAGCGUUAUGCAGUGGUGUCAUGAGCCACUUAUCCGGACUAUGCGGCCAAUCUCUCGCCGAACCACAGGUCAAACACGCACUCAUGAACGGACUCCGCCUCGACACCGCCUCGAAAUUCCACUACAACCCCUCCUGGUGGUCCGCCCCCAACCUCACCGCCCUCGAACUCAAAGUCCACCCGCCUCCCCCACCCUCCCUCCACGGCGGCAAAAGAGUCCGCACGGGCCCGCAACCCACCUACGCCACCCCCACCGAAUCCUUCGCCUACAAAGUCGUGGACCCGAAUAAGUUCGCCCGCUCCGUGUCAGGCACUAUGCGAGACUCGCCCGCUUUCGCUCGACCGCGAACACCGCCGGCGCCGGAGGUCGAUUGGGUCGUUGCGGUGCAGGAAUUGAGUCGGUUGCUGGUUCCGCUGAACCGGACGACGGGGAGUUGUACGGCGGAGGAGUUGGGGGGUGUGAGGUCGAAGAAGGAGAGGCAGAGUGCUGCGCCGGUUUUGCAGACGACGGGGGGGGAUGAGGAGGUGACGGCGACGACGACGAGGCCGAGGCAGUUGAGGGAGAGGAAGGGGAAGGGGGUGAUGGCUGCUGGUGCUGCUGCUGGGGCGGGGGGGUCGAGUUAUGCGGGGAGUACGCAUAGUGAUGAUGUUGAUCGAGGGGCGUCGCGGAGUGCGAGUCGGGCUAGUAAUGGUAAUGUUAGUCGACGGCAGACCCUUCACGACUUCCCACUCGCUUCGGCCUCUGCUUCUGAGGAGGCGGCUGCUGCGAGUGCAGGGGGAGGGGCGGAGAUGAAACAGCGGAGGAUGAGUAGGCGGUUGAGCGCAGGCAGUACGUUGAGUAGUCUUGAUGGCGGCCUUGAUUUUAUGGGGCAGGAGGUUGAUCGACCGCCUGUGCCGCCUUUACCUGUUUUCAAGACUCCGGUACCACGGGCUUCUGUGGCUGCUGGAGGGGAGAUGCUGGUCAAGAAGACGAGGGCGUCGGGACGGCCGAAGAAGCUUGUGGUGUCGGAUGCGCCUGGGGCGGGUUUGGAGGAGACAGGGGUGGCUAGUGCGACUGUAUCGCCCGCUAAUGUCGUUACAGCACCCGUUUCGGCAUCAACGCAACAUGAACAUCUUCCGUCAUCGAUCGCGGAGGAGUCGCCACCUUCGUCAAGCACCACGACAACGACGAACGGCACCCAGCUCCCUCCUUCAGCAGCGCCAGCCAUGAACCAGACGGCCAAUCAUGACGUCGAUCGUCUGGCUUCGGGUCUGAAGAAGAUAUCGCUGAACGUCGGGACGAGGGAGGAGAGUGAACGGAAAGUUGCUGAGAAAGAGGCUGCGGAACGCCGAGCCAGGGCGCUGAAGGGGGCGGAGACGAGGAGGGUGAAUGCAGCUGCGAAGAAAAUGAAAGCCAUGACGGAUACUGGUGGUGGUAAUGGGGGCGUGAAUGGUGCCGGAUCUACAGCUAAUAAUGAGACGUUGGGGGCUGUCUCCACGACAUCUGGUCUCGCACCAGCGGCAACGCGUACUAAUGGCGACUAUUCAGUGACAGGUCCCGGCCCAGCGUCAGAGCAAAACCUAACGUCGUUGCAAGCUGAGGGAGGAGCCCCUAACAGCAUGACUACCACGGGCUUUGCACCAGAGCCAGGGCUUCAGGGUGUCAGGCCGGACGCGGUACCAAGCAACGGCUUUCUAGCGCAAAGGGGCGCACCAUCUGCUCCCGCGGAUGGCAUUCCCGACGAUCGUGCGAACGGCUUGAAUUACGAGGAGAACUUACCACCCCUUACGGCUGCGUCGGGCAUACAGUAUGGAGAGUUACUGUCUACGAACGAGCUAGACCUAUCCGGUGUGACUGACGGUAUACCCGAGCCAACGACAGCCGUCAAAGCGCCACCUCAGCGUCCCUCUCACGUGGUCGAUGCACUUGAUGCUCAGUACGCGGCACCCACCAACGGCCAUCAUGCCCCUGAACGCCCACCCCCCACUUCCUCAACACCAUCAACCAUGCGCUCGCCUGCAGGCAAACAAACCAAAACAACUCUCCCAAUCUGGAAUAGCACGGGACCCCUCCCCUUUGCUUCCACUUCUCUCACCCGACCCACCAAAGCUGCCACGCCUGGUAAGAGCAAGACCACGUCCAAAAGCACUGCUAAGAGUCCUGCUAAGAGUCCGGUCAAGAGUCCAAAAGGAACUAAACUGGGCCCUGAUGGGAUAGUUGGGAACGAUGGGAAUGGUGUUUCGAAGACGAUGCUCGAGGUCGCUUCUGAUCAUGAAGAGGAGAUUGUUGAGGGGCCGACGCCGGGGGUGGAGGAGGUGGGGGAUAGUGUUUGGGCUGUUCCGGAUACGCCGGUUGUGAGUAGACGGGGUGGGAAGAUGUAG